AUGCCAGCCCAACCGAUCCCGCCUGUCAAUUCGCUCAACAUUAGCCGGCCGCUGUUUGAGUCACUCGAAGAGCUGGCGAGAAUCGUCGACAUAUCAUACUGCGUUGGCUCAACAGGCAUCUCAAAGCCGUUCAAGUGCAUGGGCAGAUGCAGCGAAUUCGAAGGCUUCGAACUGGUUACGACAUGGAAUACUGGACCUCUGCUGUCCGACUCCUGCGGCUACGUUGCCCUCUCGCACGAACCCUUCCAGAAACGAGUCAUCGUCGCGUUCCGCGGCACAUACUCUAUCGCAAACACCAUAGCCGAUCUGUCCACAACUCCGGCAGAAUAUAUGCCUUUUCCUGCCGACUCCGACCAUGAUGAGGUUUGCACGCAGGCACAGGCCGAGAACAAUAAGCAGUCGCUCCUCCCACAGCUGGUGAAACAGAACAAGCGCGAUCUGAAGGGCCCCAGAUGUGACAACUGCACAGUUCACACCGGCUUCAUGACCUCAUGGCGCAAUACACGUUGCACGAUCAUCCCACAUGUCGAGAAGGCGCUCAACGACAACCCAGGCUACGAGUUGACUCUAGUUGGGCAUUCUCUCGGCGGUGCAGUCGCAGCCCUCGCUGCGCUUGAGUUCCAGGCCCGCGGGUGGCAGCCAAAGCGCUUCAAUCUGCACGCUACGUCGCCCGAGAACGCACUGUACAGGCGGGUCACCCACGCCAAUGAUCCAGUCCCACUUCUCCCACUCGAAGAAUGGGGAUACUUCAUGCAUGCGGGCGAAAUCUUCAUCGAAAAGGAAGCCCUGCCUCCAGCGCCAGAGAAUCUGAGAGUGUGUAGGGGAGACGAGGACAUCGAGUGCAUAGCUGGUGGCGUCGCGAGCCAGGUAGGCGAAGAUGAUUUUGUUGAGAUGCGGCUUCAGGACGGCUCAACGGUCAAGACCCUAUGGGGAAUUGGAAAGAGAUACAGAUUGUGGGAAUUGUUCUUUGCGCAUAGGGACUACUUCUGGAGACUCGGCCUGUGCGUGCCGGGUGGAGAUCCGUGGGAUUGGGGACGGGGAAAGUACGAUCAUGAAGAGAGCGUGAGGGGGAAUGAUGAGGAAGGUGACGAGCUGUGA